AUGGAGAGUGGACAGUCUAGUCAAUCAAAAGGAAGUAGAAGGGUGUGGAAAGCACAUGAGGAAGAAGCAUUAUUGACCAUACUUGAGGAUGUAGUCAACCGUGGUUUACGAUGUGAUAAUGAUACUGAUAUUCAAAAGGAAAUGGCUAAAGCAUUUGGUGAGAUGAUUUCUGAGUCUGUUGACCAAUUGAAAACUAUAACAAAUAGUUUGGUGAAAGGAUCAGAACCAAGACCUGACAUUGCUGCUGAAUUGGCAAAGAUGGACUUGUCUAUUAGAGCAUCCGCAAUGGGCUUGGAGGGGUCUGCUAAGAUGGACAGGGGUGUAGAGACUUCAAAGGGUGGUUGUAGUGAUUCAGGGUAUCUGGGUGGUUGUGAAAGCUCGAGUCAAGGGGAACCGGCAACAGCGAGUGUGAAUAUGUCUGUCGAACAUCCGGUUAGUCAAAGUAGUGAUGAUAAUGGUGUUGAAAUUAUUGUACCGAGGAAAGAAGAUGUUAUGGGGAAAGAGUUUAAAACGAUAGAAUUAGCGGAAGAAUAUUAUAUGAGUUAUGCAAAGGGUAUUGGAUUUAGCGUGAGGAAAGACAAAUUGAUUCGUAAUUUGGAAGGGAAAGUAUGUAGGAGACGGUGGUGUUGUUCUAAAGAAGGUUUGAGAAAUGAGAAGUUUAAUGAUCGAUCGGAUAGGAUUCGGCAACCGAAGCCAAUUACAAGAGAGAAUUGUCCUGCCCAUUUUUGGGUGGGUUAUGAGAAGAAACGUGAUACUUACGUCGUUACGAAAUUUGAACCACAUCACAAUCAUGAACUAGUUACUCCACUUGAAUCGCCAUAUCCCCGAUGUAACCGUGUUGUUCGAAAUUCGGAUUUAGCACAAGCAGUGGGAAUGCGAAGAGCAUUGGUUAGAACAUGUCAAACAUAUGAGUAUAUGGUCGACCAAUGUGGUGGGUAUUUAAAUGUUGGUUUUCAAAUAAAGGAUCUGUACAAUAAGUUAGAUGCAUCACGCAGGGAAAUUUUGCUCGACGGUGACACAGAAGCCGCACUCUCUUACUUGAAAGCGAAAGGAGCAAUGGAUCCAGAAUUCUUUUGUAAGUUUAGUGUUGACGAGGAAAAUAGGCUUGGUAAUUUGUUUUGGAGGGACUCCACUUCACUUUUGGAUUACAUUGCCUAUGGCGACGUCCUUAUAUUCGACAGCACAUACAAAAUAAAUAUCUAUGACAAGCCCCUAGUGUUGUUUGUCGGUUCGAACAACUACUGUUCUACUGUAAUGUUUGGUUGUGCAUUAUUGCAUGACGAGACAUUUGAAACUUACAAGUGGUUAUUGGAAACCUCAUGGCAUCCAUGA